UAAGAAAACGAGAUUAAAAAUGCAACAUUAUAAUUAAUAUACAACAAGAGAAAAAACGAAACAGCGGAAAACUUUAUAAUAGCAAAGCAAAACAUAUUACUUCACUCACGAAACCGAAAGCAAAACCACUUUGCGAGCACAGGAAGAAGUUGCUGCCACAGUUUGUAGCCACAAAAAAUCUGACAUUGAGACUGUUGCUGAUGCUGCCGCUUAAAGGCGACUCAGUGAACAAAAUGAAGCGUGCGCAACUACAUUUACUGUGCUGUGCGCUUCUCUUGCUGGCAUAUGUGAGCCAAACCAGUGCAGAAACCAAGCGAACUUCGGCACGUGUUCUGGCCAAACAAACGGGCGCCACCCAGUUCGAGGAAGAACGCUACGAGGCGCACACGAAUUGCAACGACCACAAGCAUCAUCUGAAGAAGCGCGCCUCUGACGAGGAUGUGGACUAUGAGGUAUACCAGGGCGUAGUCGGCCGUCCGGGCAUUGACUUCCCCAUCUACCCACGCAUUCCAAAAACCACAUUCAGCUGUCGCUCCUAUGGCAAUGGCUACUUUGCAGACAUGGAAACGGAUUGUCAGGUAUUUCAUAUAUGCGAGGAGGGUCGCAAGAUCUCGUUCCUCUGCCCCAAUGGCACCAUAUUCCAGCAGAGUGAGCUCACCUGCGACUGGUGGUUCAAGGUCAACUGCCUGGGCUCCUCAGGGUACUACGCCGAGAGCGCUGAGAUCCUGAACAAACAACGUGUUCAUCGGGUGCGUCCAUCGGUGCCCGUGCAAGGCUUCAACAUUGUCGGCGGUGGUCUGAAUAUCAAGCCCAAGGUUAAGCCCGUUGUUGGUCAGGCGCGUGUGGGUUCACGGGCCACGAGCAACAAGUCCGAGAGACGCAUCGAUUCCACGGAGGAGCUGCAUGCAUCGCUGGAGAGCGUUGACUUCGAUGAUGUGUCUGGAGAGAAGCAACGCAAGGUGCUGCCCAGUAUUGAUAACAAUAGUAAUGAUCACGAGCACGAAACGCAGAUUACGGCGGAGAGUUCAUCAUUUGUUAGCGGUGCGGGCAAGCGACGCUCUAGCAACAUCAGCAAUAAUAACAAUAACGGCAACGGUAACAAUGUCAACGCCAAUCCCAACAGCAAUGAUGAUUUGAGCAUAUUGAAGCCAGCACGUAGUCGCAGCAGCUCCAACUUGCAGGAUCGCAGCACUCAGCUGCGUGGUGAGUCCAGGGAACGGGCACGCAAUGGUCAUCGUGGACAGCAGCGCUACAAGGAGCUGGACAGCGAGGAACAGCCACAUAGCAAGGAGCACAGCAAGGAUAAGCACAAGGACAAGCCCGAGUUCUUCGAGGCACACUCCACACGCUCCGUGCAGAGCACAACGCCUUAUUACGUACCCAGCAGUUAUUCCACAGCACGCCGUUUGGAGCCCAGCAAAACUACGCCGUUCUACACACCCACGGUGCCCAGCGUAUCCAAAUCCAAAUCCACCGAUGGCAAACUAAACUAUAUUAAAGGCGGCCAUGCUGCAACCACUCCCAAUCCGAAUCGUUUUGGCAGUCCUGCGAUUUCGGGUCUGUUUCUCGAAUCCUCGGUGGCGCCCAAGAUUGGGAAGCCGACAGUUAGCACCAAUCGGGAGCUGGAGAGCACUUACAGACCCCUAAUAAUAGGGAUGCGACAUCAUUAUGACAUUGCCAGUUCAGGAGAGCUGAAGCCAUCCAAGAAGUUGAGUGAAAGUCGCGAUUAUUUGCCUACAACGCCAGCGCCUACGGCGACCAGCAGUGGACCCACCUAUCUGCCGAAAAUUGGUGCUGCUGUGCCCAGAUCGAGUGCAGCUUCAGCUGGUGAAGAUUUACUGCUGUUUGCGCCCAAUCCCGUUCAGGAGGACUCCGUUUAUCGCAAUGUGCAGGAUAUGCUGAAGACUGUUAAUUUGCUCAAGGAUAAGUUUGAGGAUGUGGAACUGAAUGAACAAUCAACGACAAAUGUACGUGCUGGACUUGAGAUACCACCGUCAUCUGGGCCAGAUGCACUUGUUUCGCUGGCCAAAUACUUUGCCCAGGAGACCAAUGAAUCUGGCAACUCACUCAUUAAAUCAGAUAAGUCGGGCGUUCACACAAAGCUAUCAGUAAAGGCACCACCCCUUUUACCCACGGCCAAGCCCUCCGAUGCGGCAGCGACACUGACCACCUCCGAGACGCCACCCAGCAUCAGUGAGCAGGCGGAUGACAUCAAACAGAGUCUACUCAGCGCCAAGACGGUGCAGAAGUACAGCAAUCUCUUUGGCUUAAAGGCAGCCAAGGGCCGUGGCCAGACUGAGGGUCAGGCGAACAUUAGUGCCGGAUUAAUUCCGCUUAAUGAGACACAGGCGCCGACCAAGUCAACAGAUUAUCAACCCUUUCCACAGAUUGGAAGCACGGGCUCCACAAUAGGAGUCUUGGCUGAGAAGCCCGAGUCGCGCAAGAUUGCCCAAAUCUUUUCGAAUGCAUUGACCAGCUAUCUGGAUAAUCCCAACAGCUUCCGGGCUGAGCUGGCGGCACGUGCUCGACCCACAGAGCCUCCCAAUUUUAAGGUAGUGACCACAACGGAUUCUUCGCUGUUUAGUGAUGGCACCGCCAAGUAUUAUUUACCCACAAAGCCAGCACCGGGAGCAACGACUCCUCAAAGCAUUGCUGUGGAAAUCAAUCAUAAAUUUGAUUCAACACCCGCACCGGAUUACUCCACCACCACGGAACUGUAUGAGCUGAGCACGAGCCGUGCACAGGAUUCUGAGUUAGAACUAUCUGCGGAGCUGUCGCCGCCCAGUGCCGACUCCGGCGAGGGCGAUCAGUUUCUGCAGCAGCAGGAAACGCAAUCUUUCGUCAAGUCACGCAAUAAUCUGCUGCAGGAGGCGCGUCCCCAAAAACUCAUCACAACACACAAGCCCACUGAGCAUCCUUGGUCGCUGAAAUCGCAAACAGAUUUCCUCGAUCCACUGACUAUAAAUGAUGCAUUGAUGAAGGAGCAGCGCACAACAACAACAACCACAUCGCCUUUCACCUAUCUGCCCAAAUCGACAACUUCGUCACCAGCGCGCUAUGAAUGGGAUGAUAUAUUCCGUAGCUAUGACAUUCCACGCGAUGCUCUACCCUCCAGCAGCGGACUGCAGCGUAUUGCCAACAAGCUAUUUGGCGGCCUCAACGAGCAGGAGGCGCUGCAUCUGCGCAAUGUGAUGGCCAAGGCGGAGCAUGAUCGACAGGUGUUGAGUCUGCUGCUCCUGCUCAUUCAAACCUGCGAUGAUCACAAUGGCAAAGCGCUAGAACGCUCACGCAAGCAUCUGCUAAAUGCGCUGAUCGACAUCGACAGCAAGUUGCCCGCCAGGCAGAAGCAACGACUGGCAACGACAACGACACGUGUGCCGGUGACCACAUUCCGACGCAAUGGCAAUGCGGAUUACUACACGAGCACAACGACGCCACCGGUGGGCUAUACGACCACGGAGCUGCCGCUGUCUGCCAUCACCACCAGCACAACGGCGCCGGGCAGUUAUGAGGAGACAACGAAAUUCGAGAUACAUGUCGAGGAUGUGGACGAUGCGGACUUGGCGGCGACAACGCCAGCAGCGACGCCAGCACAGCUGCAACAGCAGCCGGAGAUGAAUUCGGAUCGUCGUGCGCUGGAGCUACUCAAGUCAUUAUAUUCGCUGGCAUCGAAGUUUAGCAGCAGGCGAUAGACGGUUGCCGAUUCCUAUUGUGGCAACGAGUUUUGCCAGGCGCUGCGAAAGUGUGUGCGAGUAAAUGCUUAACUUUUAGUCAACUCUAUUACUCCCUCCCCACUCCCUUCCUCACUGCCUCCUUCAAGUCCUUCCCACUCUUCGUCCCUUGCCCUUACACCACUCGAAAUCGAGCAUUUUAGCUAAAAUGAUUUAAUUAUAUUUUGU